AAGUUAGCAAGACAAAAAAAAAAAAAAGGAAAAAAAUUGGGAUAUUAUUCGCGGCAACUCCACUCGUGAGUUUAGGGUUUAGGGUUUUUGCAAUGGCGUCUAGACCAGAGCGGGUGGCACCACCUGAGAUAUUCUACGACGAUACUGAAGCACGCAAAUACACUUCUUCUUCUCGUAUUAUCGAUAUUCAGGCUUCACUAUCAGAACGAGCAUUGGAACUACUCGCUUUACCUGAAGAUGGUGUUCCCAAAUUACUCCUCGAUAUUGGUUGUGGAUCUGGACUCAGUGGUGAAACACUCUCUGAAGAGGGUCAUCAUUGGAUUGGUCUCGAUAUUUCACCAUCAAUGCUUAACAUUGCAGUGGAGCGAGAGGUUGAAGGUGACCUUUUACUUAGUGACAUGGGUCAGGGUUUAGGGCUUCGUCCUGGAAUUAUUGAUGGGGCCAUCAGUAUAUCUGCCGUUCAGUGGUUAUGUAAUGCUGAUAGGUCUUCACACAACCCUCGGUUAAGAUUGAAGGCUUUCUUUACAUCUUUAUACAGAUGUUUGGCCAAUGGCGCUAAAGCAGUUUUCCAAGUGUAUCCUGAAAAUGAUGACCAGCGUGAAUUGAUUUUGAGUGCUGCAAUGCAAGCUGGAUUUGCUGGUGGCAUAGUGGUGGAUUUUCCACACAGUUCUAAGAAGAGAAAAGAGUUUAUUGUUCUCGCAUGUGGGCAACAAUCAAUGGGUGCAUCCUUGUCUAAAGGUAAAACUGAAGAUGAAAUGGGGUUAUCUGAUGGGCGUGAAGAUCAGACGCAGGUACGUUUCUCAGACAGACAUAGACCCUUGAAGAAACAGAGAAAGAAUGAUAAGAGCGGGAAGGGGAAGGGGAAGGAUUGGAUACUGAGAAAGAAGGAGCAGAUGAGAAGAAGAGGAAAUGAUGUCCCUCUAGAUACCAAAUACACGGGUCGGAAACGAAAGGGGCGCUUUUGAUAGUUUUUGGUGUUUGCCUCAGAGUAUUGCAUAUUUGUUUUGCAUGUUAUUUAUUACAUCUGAAGCAUUUUGUAUGUGUUUUAAAAUAUGGAUCUUUAAAUUUUAUUUUUGCUUGAAUUGGUUCCUACGUGUGCGCAACCCAAUUCUAGAUUACAAGUAGUUUUUCAAGUGAUGAGUAAAUAGCUGUCUCUAUUUUAAAUAUUAUCUAUAGUUGGUCUUGCUGUACCUUCUUUUCAUGGUUUAGAUUUAUAAAUUUCACAGGUUAUAGUUUUGUGAUCA